AUGCAGCCAACCACAACAGCUCCAAUGCAACCUUACCAGCUUAUUCGCGACCCUCCUGCCUCGACAUCAUCUACAUCCACCUCCACAUCCCCUCCGUCUGGUUCCGCGCGAGAGAAGAGUCUGCUCAGCUACGAGGCAUCGUCACGACAUCCUCAAGCCACAGGCGAUCAUGUCAUGUCAAACGGGUACACCACCACCACGAAGAAGAGAAAGCGGGCGGAACCUUCUAUGCGAUUCCCCACAAUCUUGCAACCGCAGAAGAAAGUAAAGCAGCCAUCAGGAGACGACAUACGGUCAUAUAAGGACAGUCCAUCAAACGCAUCAACUGCGUCUUCCUCUACUCCCUGGGAGUCACCCAACAAUGGGAACCUGGAGGAUAUCGAGAACCAGACCUAUCACUUGGCAAAUGCUCUUCGGAAUGCCUGCGAUGAGAUAAGGGCCCUCAAGGCCGACCUCGUCCAGUCCUCAUCGAAGGCCGUCAAUGAUGAAAGAGUAGUCCGUCAGCAAAUGCUCUUCGACUUCAUGCUCAAGCAAGAUCAGAUCAGGAAGGAGUGUGAGAGAACAUCAGCUCGACAUAUCAGAGUGGCAGCAGCCAUGAGGUCCGAAAUGGAAAAGAAGGUGCACGUUGUCGAGGAGCUGAAACGAGUGGUUGAGAUAGAGAGAAGGCAGGACAGGGAAGCCCGGGAGAAGCUGCAUCAGCAGUGCACCGCCGAGCGGAACAAGUACUUGAAUGCUCUUUCCACCAGCAAUCUCUAUCAAACCAGUCUGGAGCAUUGUCAACAGCUGCUCAAGACUGCCGAAGAAGACCUGGCCGAGUUGCAGCGCAUACACAAUGAAGAGAAGAUACUCAAACAGAAAGCGACCAGAGGUCUUCCGCCGGCGUACGGCAGUCUCGACGACGUGGAAGCCAUGCCGCCUUGGGGUAGGCACGAAGACGGUGGCUCACUCGACAUGGCACAGAUCAAGCAUACCAUCCGGGAACGCUUCACGAGAGACCUUCACAACGCUCAAGCACUGGCCAACACUUAUCGCGAAAGCCAAGAUAGGUUCCUCAAGGUCUCUGCCGGCGUGGAGCUGUUUCGACUCUGCUCUCUGGCGCUGCAAGAGGCGUGCGUCAGUCUUCGCGAGGUCCUGGACAAUGCGGAUGAUGUGGACAUCUCGCCGCGCAGCAAGAAGAGGCAGAAACGACGCCAAGGCCGAAGCUCUGACGGACAACGCCAAGAACCCAUCUCCCGCCGUGUGUACAUCGCGGACCGCGUAGCGAAGCUUGUACUGGAUCUCAACUGGCGGCUCAUCGCCGUAUUCGACCUCCGCCCCCAAGACAUCAGGGUGACUCUGGAGUCCAAGACAGAGAUUGGUCUUUACUGGCGGACAGUCGACGAUGUAUUCCUUGAAGCUGUGAAAGCUACCUUCCAUGCCAUCUCGCAGGAUGAAGGAAGUGACGAGAACAAUGAACCUUCACGUCCAUCAGCCGAGAUGUGCCCACGGUGCAAGAGCAACGAAUGCCCUGGCCACUGCGUACGUGUGACAGAACUGCAGUACUUCUUGACUCUCCUGAAGAACGUGUCUAAGAAGCUCGAUCACAUCACGACUAAUUCAGAACUACGCGGAACCUACUUUGUAGAAUCAUACGAAUGGUUGACGGAGAGUGUAGAAACAGAACGUAGACUGGCUGCCAACUCAACAAUCCCAAGAUUCCCAUCGCCAUGUCCACACGUUUCCCAUCUUGCUGGUCAUGGUACUGGCGGCAGUCUGGCGGACGCAGCAUUGAUGGCACGACUCAACGAAGGACCCCCACCAGACGAUGACACUGCCACAGUGCCAGACGAGAACAUCGAAGCUCUUGCCGAGCAGGCUGCGCAACUCGAACAGGAAAGGUACGUCAGACGAGCUGAGGCCCGAGUAGCUACACAGCACGAACUCGACAUCAUACAACGAGCUCAUGAUCGAGCCUUUGCGAAUGACCCUGUGUUGCAAGAGUUCUUCAGCGGCCCCUCAGGUAGGCGAGCUUUAGCUCCCGAGGAUGAGCCUCGAUGGCGCGAAGUGGGUCGCGAUGAGAGCGGCGGCACGCGAACACUGCGCAGGACCGAUGGAGGCCAUUCAGAGUUGAGGCUGGAGAGGGUCCCACCUUCGCAGCCAAUGGCUCCCGUUGGUCGUCAUGUCUUGCAGAGGGAAGAUAGUGUUGACAGUGGCGCGUAUGAGCGGAUGCGAGAGAUUCGAGCGGCUAGGGCCGAGGAGCACCGUGCGAUAUUGGCGGCGCGGUAUGCGACUGGUGGUGAUGUGUACGGCAGAGGUUAA